AUGGGUGUUGAAGUUCCAAGUGAUCCCGCUCCAAAUGGGUACGUCUCCAACCCGCACCAAGAGAAAAUCGACGAGGCGCUCCGGUACCUUCGCUCCGAAAAGCAAGGAGGCGAGGGAUGGGAGAACAUUGACACCAAGGAUGGCAUCAUCCUCGAAAAGAAAUACGUGCAAGGGGACAGUUCAGCCAUCCCUAUCGUCAGGGGACACGGCCUCGUCAAGGACCUGUCGGCGCAGGCGCUGCUAUCUACCAUCCUCCAGCCGUCGGCCCGGCACCUCUGGGACGAGCGCUUCGCUUCCGGUGCACUCCGAGCGAUACGGACGUAG